AUGUCCAAAGUACCUCAAGUGGCCACCCAAAACCAGAGAGAACUCAAGCGAUUACACAACACCAGAAACGACGAAAUCUGUUACUUGAAAGGAAGAAGCGCUAGAAAACCAAACACACGUAAACAAAAAGAAGCCACCAGAAAUAACAACUGUAGUAACAGCA